GUAGCAUCAGGAUUGCUCGGGCGAACAAGAAGCUUUGGUACUUGUACAGUACUGUAUGAUACGAGUACAGUACAAUACCGGUACAGUACCGCACUUUGCUGCUGGGAAACUGCCGGAGUCCAACCUCUCGCCAAUUGCCUUGGAAGAUGCAACGAUAUCGGAAAUCGACCACCACCAGACGUGCAUGAUCCCGUUCCUGGCAGAUCCGAUUACCUCAGCAGCUCCAGGCUUUCUUCCCCUUUUCGCUGGGCCCACUGCCGGCAUGGGAUGCACAUCCUUUGCUCCUUCACUUCUGGGCCCAAUGCGCGUGACCAAGAUGACGACUACCGUGCCCGUUUGUGGUUUGCUGACCGAUUAGCAAAUUAGCGGCUUCCUUCGGUUUGCCGGGGGAGUCCCUCGAACCCCCCCCCCCAACUCUGGCAACGGAAUCCAGAAUGCAAUCCUCGCAGAGGUGUUGCCUACAAUCAAUCCCCCUUUGUCCUCCCUACUUCUCACCGUCUCGAUAACUGCAGUCAUCAACUGGUGCUGUAUUCGAGUACGUACUGAACCACGCCCGGCUGAUUCUGCGUCUGCCCCACAGCUCAAUACGGGAGGUGAAACCUACAUAACCACGCCUGUUGAUAUUCACGGGUACGAUACUUACCUCUUGCCCCCUGUUGCACGACCUGUGCUUACCUGCUACCGGUACUUAUUGUCUCCAGGACCAGUACGCUGCUGUAUCGGUGACGGCCAACAACUCAUCACUCCGUUGAUUGCCGGUAUUCCAUCCCUACUCUUAGAUACCACACCGUGCCUGAGCUCUGGCACCUUCGAACUGAUCAACACUCGCUCGGCUAGCUAGAUAGCACGGACCUACCCCCUCGAUAGCAAUGACUACUAGGUAAGGAUAGUGGGCUCUUGUAUCUGCUGUUUUUGAAGCUCAGCUAACAGCUUGGUCAUACGUGCGCAGAUAUCGUGUCGAAUAUGCUCUUAAGGUGAAAUAAUACUAAUACCGCCCCCCUCCCCCUUUUGUUUCUCAAUUGCUCCUCUCCUUCGUCUCCCAGCUGUCGGAUAGUUGUACUGAUCUAUGCCACUCCCUGCUUCCUUUAAGGCUCAUCGCCGUGAUGCCCUCAUCGAAUUUAUUAAGGGCCUAUUGGCAGUGCCUUUCGUUCUACACUCCCAGCCCACUGCCGUGGCUGGUGAUGCUUCAUUCCGGGUCAUGGCAGUCGAAGCUCGCCGCCGCUACUGUGAAAUCAUGAAAGAUGUUGAGGAGCUUAUUAAUGAUCAUAGCAAUAAGAAAACAUUUUCCCCCGCCUGUUGUUCGCCCACUAACAGCUUCAAGUUACCUGUCAAAACGCUGGUACCCCCGAACGGUCAAAGCUUCGGUUUCUUGUGCCUUCUGUGGGAACCUUCUUUACUCCUCUGCUUCUCGAAAAGGCCUUUGUAGCGCAAGAUGCUCGCAGAUCUAUCUCUAAUCGCCGAUUCGUUGCCCCUUCAUUCAAUGAUAUAAGGUUGAUUCUUAAUACCGCUCAAAUCAUGUCUCUGACAACCUUGGAUGGGCCCUUGAAGCUUGUUACCUUUGAUGGAGAUGUUACUCUCUACGAUGACGGCCAAUGCCUCAUUCCCACGAACCCGGUCAUUCCACAGAUACUCCGGCUGAUGCAAAAGGGACUCUGCAUCGGCAUUGUGACAGCAGCUGGAUAUACCGAUAGUAUGAAGUAUAUGGAACGCCUCCACGGGCUUCUGGAUGCCAUCAAGGAUUCGGAGGAUUUGACAGAAGCUCAAAAGAGCAACCUCAUCAUACUUGGUGGGGAAAGCUCCUACUUGUACAAAUAUUGUCCUACGUCUCCAACGCUCCUUAUUGCCGAGCCAAGGGAGAAUUGGGAGCUGGACGAGAUGCGCACUUGGCCAGAAACAGAUAUUCAACACCUCCUCGAUAUUGCAGAGAUCGCUCUUAGGGAGUCCAUAUCUACCAUGAAGCUAGAGGCUACCGUUCUCCGAAAGGAGAAAGCUGUCGGGAUUAUACCUGCUGUUCCGGGUGUCAAGUUUGUGCGAGAACAGCUGGAAGAAGCUGUGCUUGCUGUACAAAAGACCCUGGAGCUCAGUGAUAUCGGCCGCAGGCUUCCGUUCUGCGCGUUCAAUGGUGGGAACGAUGUAUUCGUUGAUAUUGGGGAUAAAAGACUUGGCGUUCUGUGCUGUCAGAGAUUCUUUGGGAAUGUUACCGGAAAUCAAACUUUGCACAUUGGCGGUGGGUACUGAGGAUGGCAAAUAUUUAUUUAUGUUAUAACUAGCGACACUAACUUUUUCAGACCAGUUCCUAUCGGCCGGACACAACGACUUUAAGGCACGCAUGGCUGGAACGACGGUGUAAGUGAAAAAUAUUCUCCCUUGUGUGGGGGCGAUGAGCUCACUAACUAUCUAUAGGUGGGUCGCGAGCCCGGCGGAGACAGUAAGUAGUCUCGACGAGCUAUGGAACCUCCUUGAGUACGGUAUACCUGAGGAAUACGAAGAGUGAUGGGUUUAAGUCACCCCUUUGCGCUUUACGGUGCUGGAGAAUGUCAAUUUGCUAUGCUGCGUAUUGGAGGAUGGGGAUACCCAGCGCUUUGUUUGUCUGGUUCCUGCUUUUGUGCUGUGUUUUCCGCAGUUUGUACGGGGCGCACCCUGGGAGUGGGGAUGGGGGGAUACCGGUUAGGAUUGGUUUGGGGGGAUCAACUGUAUGCCAUAUGGCCGAGCAUCAUAAUCCGGGCGAGCUUUAAAGCUUCAGACCGCCCCCUACAGAAAUCAAAUGCUCGGGUUC